AGGGGCGGGCGCCGCACGCACACGCGGUGCCGCGGGGCGGGGGAGCCGCCGAGGGAGGGGACUCGGGCUCAGUGCCGUGCGCGCCGUGCAGCCUGCGCCUCACUCUCCCGCCGACGGCCUUCCUCGCCGCGUGCACUCCGCGCCGCCGCCCCGCAGAAAUGCUUCGAUUACCCUCAGUCCUUCGCCAGAUCAGGCCCGUGUCCAGGGCGCUGGCGCCUCAUCUCACUCGGGCUUAUGCCAAAGACGUAAAAUUCGGUGCCGACGCCCGAGCCUUAAUGCUUCAAGGGGUAGACCUUUUAGCCGAUGCCGUAGCCGUUACAAUGGGGCCAAAGGGGAGAACAGUGAUUAUUGAACAGAGCUGGGGGAGUCCCAAAGUAACAAAAGAUGGUGUAACUGUUGCCAAGUCAAUUGACUUAAAAGACAAAUAUAAAAAUAUUGGAGCUAAACUUGUUCAAGAUGUCGCCAAUAAUACAAAUGAAGAAGCUGGGGAUGGCACCACCACAGCUACUGUACUGGCCCGCUCUAUUGCCAAGGAAGGCUUUGAGAAGAUUAGCAAAGGUGCUAAUCCAGUGGAAAUCAGGAGAGGUGUGAUGUUGGCUGUUGAUGCCGUAAUUGCUGAGCUUAAGAAACAGUCAAAACCUGUGACCACCCCUGAAGAAAUUGCUCAGGUUGCUACAAUUUCUGCAAAUGGAGACAAGGAGAUUGGCAAUAUCAUUUCCGAUGCGAUGAAGAAGGUUGGAAGAAAAGGCGUCAUCACAGUAAAGGAUGGAAAAACACUGAAUGAUGAAUUAGAAAUUAUUGAAGGCAUGAAAUUUGACCGAGGCUAUAUUUCUCCAUAUUUUAUUAAUACAUCAAAAGGUCAGAAAUGUGAAUUCCAAGAUGCCUAUGUUCUGUUGAGUGAAAAGAAAAUUUCUAGUGUCCAGUCCAUUGUACCUGCUCUUGAAAUUGCCAAUGCCCACCGUAAGCCUCUGGUCAUAAUUGCUGAAGAUGUUGAUGGAGAAGCUCUGAGUACACUGGUUUUGAAUAGGCUAAAAGUUGGUCUUCAGGUUGUAGCGGUGAAAGCACCAGGUUUUGGUGACAACAGAAAAAAUCAGCUUAAAGACAUGGCUAUUGCUACUGGUGGUGCAGUAUUUGGAGAAGAGGGAUUGACCCUGAAUCUUGAAGAUGUUCAGCCUCAUGACUUGGGAAAAGUUGGAGAGGUCAUUGUGACUAAAGAUGAUGCCAUGCUUUUGAAAGGAAAGGGUGACAAGGCUCAAAUUGAAAAGCGUAUUCAAGAAAUCAUCGAGCAACUAGAUGUCACAACUAGUGAAUAUGAAAAGGAAAAGCUGAAUGAAAGGCUGGCAAAGCUUUCUGAUGGAGUUGCUGUGCUGAAGGUUGGUGGGACAAGUGAUGUUGAAGUAAAUGAAAAGAAAGACAGAGUUACAGAUGCUCUGAAUGCUACAAGAGCUGCUGUUGAAGAAGGCAUUGUUCUGGGAGGUGGAUGUGCCCUGCUUCGGUGCAUUCCAGCCUUGGACUCAUUAACUCCAGCUAAUGAAGAUCAAAAAAUUGGUAUAGACAUUAUUAGAAGAACACUCAAAAUUCCGGCGAUGACUAUUGCUAAGAAUGCAGGCGUUGAAGGAUCUUUGAUUGUGGAAAAAAUUUUGCAGAGUUCCUCCGAAAUUGGCUAUGAUGCCUUGCUUGGAGAUUUUGUGAAUAUGGUAGAAAAAGGAAUCAUCGAUCCAACAAAGGUUGUAAGAACUGCCUUACUGGAUGCUGCUGGAGUGGCCUCUCUGUUAACUACAGCAGAAGUUGUGGUCACAGAAAUUCCGAAAGAAGAGAAGGACCCUGGAAUGGGUGCAAUGGGCGGGAUGGGAGGGGGGAUGGGAGGAGGGAUGUUUUAAUUCUUAGAUUAGUGCUUUACCAUUAUAAAUGAACUGUGACAGGAAGCUGAAGGCAGUGUUCCUCAUCAAGAACUUCAGAGUUCAGUUGGAGAAGAAGAAAAGGCUGGCUAAAGAAAAUCACUGUAAGCAUCAGUUACUGGUUUCAGUUGACAAUACAUAAUGGUUUACUGCUGUCAUGUCCAUGCCUACAGAUAAUUUAUUUUGUAUUUUUGAAUAAGAAAAAAAAAGACAUUUGUACAUUCCUGAUACUGAGUGCAAGAGCCAUGUACCAGUGUACUGCUUUCAACUUAAAUCACUGCGGCAUUCUUACUACUAUUCUGUUUAAAAUCAGGAUUUUAGUGCUUGCCAUCACCAGAUGAGAAGUGAAGAAGCAGCCUUUCUGUGGGGAGUGAGAAUAAUUGUGUACAAAGUAGAGAAAUAUACAAUUAUGUGACAACCUUUGUGUAAUAAAAAUUUGUUUAAACUUA